CGGCCCGGCCGUGGCUGAGCGGGAGAGCGGCGGCCCCGGCGGACGGAGCCCCGCGGGCACCAUGAGCGGUUCACAGAACAAUGACAGUAAAAGACAGUUUCUUCUAGAACGGCUGCUGGAUGCAGUUAAACAGUGUCAAAUACGGUUUGGAGGAAGAAAAGAAAUUGCUUCAGACUCUGAUAGCAGAGUGACUUGUUUGUGUGCUCAGUUUGAAGCUGUGUUGCAGCACGGCCUGAGGAGGAGCCGAGGACUGGCAUUAACAGCAGCAGCAAUCAAACAGGCAGCAGGUUUCUCCAGUAAAACUGAAACAGAGCCAGUGUUCUGGUACUAUGUGAAGGAGGUUCUGAACAGACACGAGCUGCAGCGCUUUUACUCUCUGAGGGCCAUCACCUCAGACGUCGGCAGGGGCCGGGCCUGGCUGCGCUGUGCACUGAAUGAGCAUUCCCUGGAAAGAUACGUUCAUAUGCUGCUGGCAGACAAGAAUCGACUCAGUGUCUUCUAUGAAGACUGGUCUUUUAUGAUGGAUGAAGAACGUUCCAGUAUGAUCCCUACAAUGGCAGCUGGUCUGAACUCCAUCCUUUUUGCCAUCAACAUUGAUAAUAAGGAUUUAAACGGGCAGAGCAAGUGCACACCCACCGUGUCUGAUUUGUUAAAGGAAUCCACACAAAAUGUAACUUCCCUGUUGAAGGAAUCCACGCAGGGUGUGAGCAGCCUCCUGAGGGAGAUCACUGCCUCCUCUGCUGUCUCCAUUCUCAUCAAACCUGACCCAGACACUGACCCCCUUCCUGUUCUGCCCCGGAAUGUAAAUGCUGAUUUGAGAUACAAAAAAGAUCGAAAAAAGAAGAAGAGAGUGACCAAUAUUAUCUCAUUUGACGAAGAGGAAGAUGAGCAAAAUUUGGGGGAUUCCACAAAGACUCUGAUUACAGGAGAAAGCUCAGAGGAGAGUGUAGACAGAUCCUCAGUCCUUGCAUUGUCCUCAUCUGAAAGCACUCUUGGAAAAAAUUUGAACGGGAAUGAAAGUAACAGUUCGUGGAAGAGCAAUUCAUUGCCUCACUCUCUCAUGAAUGGAGAGUACGAGUACCAGAAGCUGGAUGUGAAGAGCAUUGAUGAUGAAGAUGCAGAUGAGGAUGAGCUGUAUGGAAAAACAUUAGGAAAUAAAGGCACAGAAGGUGAAACUGAAGCUUCUGAAAAGACUCAUGAAAUAGGCACUUGCAACUCUCAGAUAUGCAGUUGGACUCCUCUGCAGGUCCUCAAUGAUGACUCAGAUGUGCUGUUCCCUGUCAGUGCUGUUGGCUCGUACUCCCAAACAGAUAACUUGGAGAACGGAGAGGGGCAUGAACAUGUUGUUCAUCCGGUAGAACUGGUUCCCAGAAGAUCUGAUCUCCCUUACAGAGUGGAAGUCAGUCCUCCAGCACAAGUGAAUACUUUAAGCAGUAUGUUGCCUUCAGCCACCGUGCCAGAAUCCAUGACAAUUAAUGAACUUCGCCAAGCUAUCGUGGCCAUGAUGAAUAGGAAGGAUGAACUGGAGGAGCAGAAUAGAUCCCUGCGAAAUCUGCUGGAUGCAGAGAUGGAGCUCUCAGCAGCACUGAGGCAGGAGAUGGACAACUGGAGAAGGAAAGUAGCAGAGCAGGAAGAGCGACACGCCACCAAAGUGCAGGCCUUGGCACGAGAAAAUGAGGUGCUAAAAGUGCAACUUAAGAAGUAUGUAGGAGCUGUCCAGAUGCUCAGACGAGAAGGUCAAACAGUGGAAGUUCUGCCAAACAUUUGGAGCACUGAUGGUGAAUUUACGAUUCCAGAGCAAAAGCAAGUAGAGAACAACGAGGAACUCGCCAGCUCUUAUGAAAGAAAAUUGAUUGAGGUGGCUGAAAUGCAUGGGGAGCUGAUUGAAUUCAAUGAGAGGCUGCACCGUGCCCUGAUGGCUAAGGAAGCUCUCGUGUCCCAGAUGAGACAAGAACUAAUUGAUUUGAGAGGCCCAGUCCCUGGAGAUCUGAGUCAAACAUCUGAAGAUCAGAGUUUGUCAGAUUUUGAAAUAUCAAAUCGUGCUCUUAUUAAUGUUUGGAUUCCCUCAGUCUUUCUGCGUGGAAAAGCUGCUAAUGCAUUCCAUGUUUAUCAGGUUUAUAUCAGGAUAAAGGAUGAUGAAUGGAAUGUGUAUCGAAGAUAUGCAGAGUUCAGAAGCUUGCAUCAUAAAUUACAGAGUAAAUACCAGCAAGUGAGGACUUUUAACUUUCCACCUAAAAAGGCCAUUGGAAACAAGGAUGCAAAGUUUGUAGAAGAGCGACGCAAGCAGCUACAAAAUUACCUAAGGAACGUAAUGAACAAAAUUAUUCAAACUGUGCCAGAAUUCACAGCCAAUCCCAAAAAAGAGACACUUAUUCAGCUGAUGCCCUUUUUUGUUGAUAUUCCACCUUCUGGAGAGCCAGUGAGCAAAGGCAGUCGCUCGAGGGUGACCCCGCGCUUCCCCAAACUGUCCCGCAGCCACCCAAGGGAGCCCCGGAGCCUGGAACCCCAGAGUGGGGAUCUCUGACCCUUUGUCCUAGUUGGGAACACGGGCACCACGUACUUUAAGUUGUUCUGUGAUUCCUUCCUAGCCUAUAUUUAUAAUUUAAGCUCCUGAAGAGACUACAGCUGCAUCAACUUAAAUCCUGAAAAGAGACAUUCAUUGCCAAGGGUCAUAUCCUGAUUAACUACUUUGGAAGGCAGUAAUCACUUUCUCAAAAGAAUAUGAGGGCUCUUCACUAGAGCUCAGCAAACUGAUGGCAUUUUCUUUGUUUUGUAAAGCUGCACUGCACAUAUUCUCCUUUGUUCCCCCGAAGUCCUUCUUUUACAAUGAAUUCCUUGUUUGUAUUAUGUUCUCUCCCUUUUAACAUGUACAUUUUUCUGUUCCAGAGAGACAUGGGUAUCGUGUCAAGACAAUUUUUUUUUUCCUUAGGAGAAUGGUUUUGAUUAUCACUACUUAAUAUGUCAGAAGGAUGUGCUUAAAAGAACCUCACUAAUUUAUUACCUUUUGUAAAUAGAAUGACUGGGUUGUUUUGGGUUUUUUUUAUUGUGAACCUCUGACAUGCAAAGGUUUUUAAAAAAACUUGACAAUGUAGAUGAUGAGAAAAACAUUACAGGUGGAAAAAUAGCUUUUGUACAUUUCUAGUUAGAUAUUCUCAAUAGCUUUCAUUUGUGGGAAGUAUUCUUUAAAAUCAGAGAAUGUAAUAAUUUUUUAGUAAAAUUUCAGUCCUGCUGGAAGGCAGAUGCAAUAUUAUUAAUUUUUACAAACCACUGCAAGGAUACACAAAAUUAGCAUGGUGCAAAAUAGUGCUUUCAAGUCUUGGGUUAUAUUUUGUUAUCAAUUUGUUGCUGAUGUUAUCAAUUUGUUGCUGAUGUUACAGAAUAGUCCAUCAUUAAUCUGAUUUUGUAAAACCCUUCACAUAGUGAUACUUAAAAAUUGCCUGUAAUGAAAGUGCCUGUUACCCAUCACCUCUUAUUGAAAAGUAAUUUGUAAUGCUACUACUGUAAGAGUGACUAAAAUAUUGACAAGAAUUAUUACAAGUGAUGGAAGUCCUGACAUGGAUUAACUGGAAUCCAGUUCAGUAUCCAUUAGUUGCACUGCCGUAGGCAGUUAAUUAUGUUUUAGCUAUCUUCUUCUCUUCAUUAAGUUUAAGCAGUAUACGUUCAAAUUUUCCAUUAAUUGUAUUCUGGUUUUCCUUUGUGUAAGAAUAUCUUUCUUCUCAGAAGUUUUUUUGGAUAAUGUUACUUAAAUUGAUGUAUCUUGUCAUUUUAUUAUCCAUUCAUUAUAUUAAAUUCUCACGUCAGUAGAUACUAAAACCUUAUAUCAUUCUCCAGAAAAAAAACCAAGCUGAUGAUUAAUAACAGGUUUUUUUUACCUCACUGGUUUACUAAAGUUCUAGCAAACUGGAACUUGUGUUCUGCAAACCUGUGACCACUGGGUGUUGUUCAGGCAGGUGAGUGGUCCAGUCAUUUUUGGUGGCACUUCCUGGGUGGGUGGGGGUUUGUUACACACAGUGAGGAGCAUCAGUGCCUGAGUAUGACCCCAAGUGCUGGCUUCCUACCACUGAAAUAUGCAGCUCUCAGAUUGCACUGAACAGCAAACUGUGGCAGAGAGGAGUGGAAUUCACCCCUCAGGUCAGAAAUUUCCAUAGGUGACAUACCACAAAGUAAAAUCAUGUCACAGAAAUGAAACAAGAUUUUUCAGUCAGUGAGAGUCCCAAAAUAGAUAAAUAACAGAGCCCAAAGGGCAGCCUGAGAACAAGUGGGUUUGUUUUCUUUAACAGAUGAAUUACUGUUGGUGUUUUGUGUAAGUUACAGUGGGACACUUAUUUGAGAAGAAGGCAAGGUGAGUAGUUUGUCAGUUAAGUAGCUUCUCCAAACUCUUUAGUCUGAUGCACUGCUGCUGGUUUAGUUUGUUGGAAAGAGAAGUAGCUUUAAUGAUGAUCCCACUUUGAAACAAUUCUAUUUUUCAGAAAGUGUAGACUUGGUUAAUAGAAACAUGGCAUACAUCUAUUAACACUGAAUUGCAAGUAAAUCUGAAAGAAAACACUGUGUGGUAACCUUUGUGAUGUAUCUGUCACAUGGAGAUAUAUUAAUUUUCAGGAAGUAAUUCUCAGAUUCAAAUACUUCUUAUUCAGAAAGCUGAAAAUGAUAAGAAAUCUCAUUUAGCACAGACUGAAUUUUUUUUAGUUGUUUGAAAGGAAUUGUUUGUAUCUGCAUUUGGCUUUUAAAAUUAUUUCAUCCCUGAUUGUCUUGCUUCUUGUAAUUUUUAAUGUAUGUAUGUAGAUCACAUAAAAAUACUGAACUUGUUUACCAUGUACAAAUUGCUCUUUGUUAACUGUGGCUGAACUGUGUAUCAGCUCUCAAGAUUACAGUCUGCAAACAAUGUUCACUUGGUGAUACAAGAUACUGUAAUGGGGGCAUUACUAAUCCAUUUAAAAGCUCAGCUGUGGUUUCUCUAAAAUCCCAGAAAAUAAUCAAAUGAAAGCCUUUCUUCACAAGGUAGCUUUCCCACUUCAUAGCCCUGGUUAUUUUGAAGAUCAGUGAGGUCCCUGUACGACUGCAGGUAGGUGCCUAGUGACAGGAAUGCCCAAAUUUUUAGCACCUCAAGACAUUCUAACGUACUCUUAGAAUCUCUUGCAAAUCCCACUUGUGAUAAUUCACCAGAAUCAGCAAAGUCUGUU